AUGCCUGAAAGGGAAGUGGAUAACGAGAAGCAAUCUGAGAUUAACAGUUUCCAUCACAUGAUCAGUAAUAAAAAUGUUUUGAUGAAAAUGGAAGCAGUUGAGUUGUCCAAGAAGAGGAAAUUUCAGACAGAUCAAUCGGAGUUGUCACUAUUACCUCUGCCGAAACAUGCUUGUUUUGACAAUGUCGGUUGUUCAAACAAUACUACUGAUGGCAGAUCAGAGCUUGAUUCAGAGUGUUCAAUGUCUUAUGUGAACUCAACUUCUAUGGAAUGCGAAAAUGAGAUUGAGAUGAAAGAGGAAUCAUCUGGAUCUUGCAGUGAAGACAAGUUGAUCACUUUCGAAAGCCAUCUCGAUUUCAUCUAUGGCACACAGAAUCUAGAGGAUUUUUCAGAGAAAGACAUUGAAAACAUUCUCUAUCUCGAUGAAAAAGAAGAAGAAGAAGCAGCUCAAGGAAGUAGUAAUGCUGCUAACUUUGUUCUGUCCUCUGGGAGAUGGAGUGUUAACCAAGAAGACUCUACUCAUGAGCAUGGCAUAAAGAAGCCUACGAUUGAUCAAGAAUUCGAGCAAUACUUCUCAACGCUUAUGCUGUGA